CUUUCAGCUGUAUCUUCACAAUGCACCCAGAAUUUCCUGUCAAAGCCAUGCUUAGAACCUUCUCUCCAAAAAGUGUCAGUGGGUGAACAUAGUACCUAUGAGAAUUUACACUUAAUGAUAGACUGGGACAACGAUGGGGAGAAUGAAGGGCAUCAAACAUAUCAUGACGGACAUUUCCAAAUGGAGACAUCUGCCCAUGAAAAGAAUCUCAUUGCCCCAUAUGGUGAAGGAUAUAAAGCAUUUUGCAAAACCUCCCCUUGUAAGUUAGCUACUUCUACAAAGCAGUGUGUUUCAGUAACCAAACACUCCAGUCAAAAAUUCAAACAUAAAUAUUUGUCGAUAGAAAAUUUGGAAAAUCUGGAAAGUUACCUCAUUCAGGUAGAAAAUAAGUAUUUGAACCAAUUUGAAAAUAGGAUUGGAAUGACCUAUCAGUCAACUGUUUCUGAAAACCAUAGAUUUAAAAAUAAAGAAGAAAGUGUUAAGGGGUGUCAAUUUGAGGGGCACGUCACAAAGAAAACAACCCUACAAAACUACGAGAGUAUUUUCAAUGGACAUAGAAUUGUUCCUUGCAGUGAAUCCGAGAAAACAUUUAACCAGGGCUCAAAUGUUAACAAAUGUCUGCGUACUCAUUUGCCAGACAACCAUUUUGAAUGUAAUAGAGGUAAGGAAGUCUUUUCUCAAAGAUCUAAACAUAUAAUACAGAAGAGUACACAUAUGAGAGGAAAUCCUUAUAAUGAAUGUGGGAAAGAUCUCAAGCAGUCCUCUUAUGGUGAUCAUCAGACGAUUUGUGAGGAGAAAAACCCAUACACAUGUUAUAAAUCUGGAAGUGUGUUUAGUCAGUCACCAAGACUAAAUACACAUGAGACAAUUGGUAGUGGAGAGAAAAGGUACACUUGUAAGGACUGUGGCAUAGUCUUUCAUUGGCAGUCAACACCAACUCAACAUCAAAAAUGCAUGCUGGAAAAAAUCAUACAAAUGUAAAGAAUGUGGUAAAGCCUUUAAGGACUGCUCAUCGCUAAAUAGACCUGGGCAAAUCCAUAUUAGAGAAAGACUUGAUAAAUGUCAACAAUGUGGCAAGGUCUUUACCAGGCAUUCAAUUCUAAUUCGCUAUCUCAGAAUUCAUACUGGAGAGAAACCUUACCAAUGUAAGGAAUGUGGCAAGGCCUUUACCCAGCCCUAAAUCCUUACUCAACAUCACAGAAUUCACACUGGAGAGAAACCUGAUAAUGUAAAAGGAAUGUAAGUCAGUGCCUAUAAAUGGUGCCCAGACCUUACAGGACAUCAGAGGAUUCCUAUUGGAGAGUAACCAUACAAAUGUAAAGAAUGUGCAAGCUCUCCCUACAAGUCACAACUUACUCCACAUUCUAGUUAUCACAUAGGAGCCAAAGUGUGAAAUGGAAAGUGGCCAUGCCUUUACCUGGAAUUCAAUCUGUGCUCAAUAUCACAAAAGGCACCCUAGAUGCAAACCCUAGAAAUUUAAUGAAUGAACAAAGACCCUCACUUUAAUAUACACUUUAGGAAACACAAGAGAUGCAUAUAAGAAAGUAACUGGAAAGGUAGAUUUACAAAAGUAUUUCAUUGAACAUCAAAUGUCAAUGUUACAGAAAUCAAGUAGAAAGGAGUACAUCAGUCACUCUAUUCAGACAUUGCUUCGAAAUACUUAAGGAAUAAUACAGAGUCAGACACUUGGAAAACAUAUCUGCUAUCUGGUUCAAAAGAUCUAGGGGAUAGGUUUUUGCAUAGGUAUACUUAAUUUCAAAAUGUGCUUUUUUUUUUUUUUACAUUGACCCUAUUUGGGAUUUGUAAGUAGCAAGUAUUAAUGUAUUCCUACUCUCAAAUCACUUCAGAAUAUUCAUUUAUUCCUAGUGGGUGUGUGAAACCAUGUGGCUGACUGUUGUUGCAUCAAAGGUAUGAGAUGCCCUUCUUCAUUAGACAGGACCCAGGCAUGUCUAAUUUUCCACAAUGGAUAAAGGACAGUAUGAUGCACAUCUGAAACAAAUCUAAAUGGAGAUGCUGUUUGUGGUUAUACCACUGAUGUAAGUUGUCCUGAGACAGGUGUUGAGAACACCAUUGUCCAUUUAUUAACUCUAAAAACUUCCUGCAUAUUAGAAAGGAAAUGUUUUACGAUAAGGUCUUAAAGGCAAAGAGGUGGCAGUCCAGUGAACUGAUAGAUCUUUAUAAGAGCAAUAGUCAGAGCACAUGAGUUGAUGUGGCUGCAUUGAAGACAUCUUCACAGAUGGCAGCCAGAGCCUAGCUAACUCUUCCCCCAAAUGGCAUAAAUUGUACAUCCACAUCUCUCAACACUUACCUCCGGCCUAACACUUAUGGCAAUCACUACUCCCUUUUCAUUACAUCAACACAUAAAUGCUUUUUUACCACUUGUAUUCUAUAUUUUGAACAACGAUUUGUUGAGUCGAGUGGAUUUGAAAUGCAUAAAUUGGUCUGUGUGAACUUAAUAUAUUUUAAGUAAUAAAACAUAAUGGUUUUUAAUGUAUUAACAUGGAUGUGUAGUGAAUGAACUGUGAUCCCACCAGCAAUGUUAGCCCAUCCUCUUGUAUUUAAGGUUGUAGGUACCUGAUGGAAUCUAUAACUCAUUUCCUAACACCAUGGCAUAGCACACCCAGUAAUCCGUUUUCUCCACGGCCUUAGGAUUUACAUAAUGUGUCAUUAUUUUUCCCCUCGUUUAUCCAUUAUGCCAUUUUCUCCUCUUUGUGAAUACUGUGAUGUUAUUAUGGAUAUAUCACAGAUUCUUCAGGGUUACUGUUGACCUUUUACCUAAGGUACUCCAUGAAACCCUAUGUGGCAUUCAUUUUGCACAGCCAGUACAUAUGUUUUUAAGUUUAUUUAUUUAAUCUGAAAGACAGAGAGCAUAAGCAUAGGAGGGGCAAAGUAGUAGGGAUAGAAUCCCAAGCAACUCUGCUGUCAGCACACAGCCAGACACAGGCUUCAGACCCAUUAACUAUGGGAUCAAGAGCCACAUGUUUAACCUACUGAGGCAUCCAGGUGCCCCUAGCCAGGAGUUUUACAGGGUCUUGACUGACACCAGCCCCUCUCACUAGUACAUUCCUUAGACAACACCCUACAAACACACAAGAUAAUGUAACUUUUGAUAGGACAUUUUUAUCUGCUGUUGUGAGCAACUGGGUCUGAUUUUCCCGGUGCUUACCCCUCUGUGUCCCCUACAGAAGGCACAGAGGUUGCUUACACCUGUUUUAGUCUGAAUAGUGAAAUCUGGGCUUAGUGAGGGGCUCUAAAGCAUGCCUCCAUGGCAGCUAAGACAGCUAUGUGCCCCCAGUCAUGGCGGGGGGGCGGUGUUGUUUCAUGUGCAUAUGAAGUAAACAUACACAUAUGCUAGUACUGGGUAUGUAAUAGAUACCCCAUAAGUAGGAGA